AUGACCGAUAGGUCCAACAUUGGAAUCACACAAGUCACGCAAUGGAGGGAUGAGGCUCAACAAACAUUGAAAAAGGCUCAGAAAUUGUGCACGGCUGCCCAAUUGUCAUUGGAAAAGACGCGACAAGAUUUGACUGUUCAAUUGCCUAUUGAAUUGGAUUCCGCAGAGCAUUUGCUUGAGUCGUAUCAGAGUCAGUACGAGCUUGUGGACAAACAUAUCAAAAACUUGAAACGAUUGUUGGCUGAAAAUGUGGACAGAGUGUUUGCCGACAUUGAGGGUACACUAGAGCCGAGUUUAAGGCAAUUGGACACCACCAUCACAAAAAUGAGGAGCAUCAAAGUACCCUCAUUUGUUUUAACCUCAGAGGAGAUUGCACCGAGGACGCUACUUGAUUUCAUAGCCACUGAAUCUAUUGACAUUAUGAAGGAGAACAUCAACAUAUACCGAACAAACUGCGCAAAGCUCAAGCGCUUAUUACUGGAUGAGUUUCAAAGUGGCAUCUUGAACCCAUUCCAUCUCUUUUCGACUCAACACGGUGUUAUCAAUACGGAGUUUGAUCGCUUGGGACCAAUACAAAUUGAAUACAGAACUGCUCAUGGGAACAUUCUAGAGUCAAAAGGUGUUAUGGGAACCACUCUCAAAGAAAAUCAAGCAUUAGAGAACGAGUUGGUGUCGCUUUUGCAAAUGUUAACCAAUCAUUACGAUCAGUGCAAUAAAGCGGUAGAGUUGCUCUCAUCCGAGAGUAGCAAUGUCAAUGUGAAUAUUGAAGUUUUGGCAACCGAUGCUAACGAGUUGAGUGAGGUUUUCAACGAUCUUACUUUGGUUUACGAAAUCGUAUUGACAAAUGAAUCAAAAUCAAACAAGACGUUUCAGCAAUAUAGAUCGUAUAUCGAUACGUGUGGUAGUCUCUUGAGAACGGAGAUUGCAAACAUAAGAGAGUUCAAAGUGGCUAAAUUACCCAGUUUUAUGUUGUUACUAAACGAGUCCAUUGAAGUAUUACGAACAUGUUCCAUCACUGACGUGACACCUGCGGAUUCAUCACCAUGCGAAAUUUAUUCCGAGACUAUUGAACAAUUGGUAUACCACUAUUCUCAAUUUAUUGAUAUUUUUGAAACAAAGUAUCUCACCGAAUUACACCACGAAGAAUUUAUAUAUCCAAGGAAGUUUUUGAAAAGAAUAGAUGGCUUUUUAAACGAGGAAUUGUACCGCAUGCAACUCGAGGAAACAAAUCGUAGAAGAUCAUGGCUUGCUAAAUAUGGAGAGUUUAUACCAAGAGAGUUCAAAUUGCCCGGAGAGGACGAGAUGCCCACAGUCGUGCAGGUCAUAACUGAGGGAUUGGAACGUAUACAAAAGCAAGAUGGGAUUGAAAAAUUCAACGAUGGAGCGGAAAAGCAGUUGUUAGAUUUGAUUAGAUCCUUAAAGCGGAAGUAA